AGUGGCUUGCUGUUCUUCGGAGAGGUCGCACGCUCGUUGUCUCUCAAACUACUACGAGAACUAGAGUUAAAAAUAUUCAGUAUGCUUUAAAGAAGUGAUAAUGUUAAGAUGUGACGUUAAAAAUUAGUGAUUAUAAACCAAAAACAAAAUGGCGUCCAGUACCGUGUUUAGAUUUCUGAUACUACUCGCUGCGCUGGUGUGGAUACUGUCCGCUGAGAACCCUAAGAGGAGAAGACGUGAGCCGUGGACCAAUGGAAGCUGGUUCAACAUGGGCUUACUCGAAUUCGAAGAGUGGACGAAUCAGACGGAUCUUUUCUCUGACAAGUCCAGAAUGUGUGCUAAGCUACGAGGCCUGACUCCUGGACAAAGGCGAGUGUGCAGGCGUCAUAAGGACCACAUGCCAGCUGUUGGAGCGGGGGUGAAGCAAGGUAUUAGGGAAUGUCAACAUCAAUUCCAGAAUCGAAGGUGGAAUUGUACUGUGACGGAAGAUGAAACUGUUUUCGGACCUUUGACAUUAAUUGCGUCAAGGGAAACUGCAUUCACUCACGCCAUCACCGCAGCGGGAGUAUCGCUUGCUAUAUCCCGUGCCUGUCGAGAUGGUCGGCUUUCGUCAUGUGGGUGCAGCCGAGCGGCGAGGCCCCGGCACUUACACAGCGACUGGGUGUGGGGAGGUUGCGGGGAUAACCUCGAGUAUGGUUACAAGUUCACCGAAGGCUUUGUGGACAUACGAGAGCGGGAACGUAAAGUAAAACGAGGUAGUCGGGAGCAAGGCAGGCAGCUGAUGAACCGGCAUAAUAACGAAGCUGGCAGGAGAGCGGUCAUAAAGAAGUCGCAGGUCACGUGCAAAUGCCACGGUGUGUCUGGAUCCUGUAGUCUCAUCACCUGCUGGCAGCAACUAGCCUCAUUCAGGGAAAUCGGAGACUACUUGCGUGAUAAAUACGAAGGCGCGACUGAGGUAAAGGUGUCGAGGCGCGGCAAGCUUCGCCUGAGCAACCCUAACUACAGCCUGCCCACUGCGCAGGAUCUCGUCUACUUGGAGGACUCGCCUAAUUAUUGCGUACGGAACGAAUCUAUGGGAUCCCUAGGGACAACAGGUAGGGAGUGCAACAGGACCUCAGCUGGUAUAGACGGAUGCGCGGUCAUGUGUUGCGGACGAGGCUACAACACCAAGAAGAUCGUGGUCAAGGAGCACUGCCAGUGCAAAUUCCACUGGUGCUGCAGAGUCGAUUGCAAUACUUGUGUUAAAACUAUAGAAGUGUACACUUGUAAAUAAUUAACAUUCGCCGAUUGACAUUAGAUUUCAUAAGGUCUGUUUUACAAGUUUCUGAUAUUUUUUUGAAGUAAAACUUCUUUAAGCACGCUUGACUUAGCGAGUAAGCCGGUGAAUGCGUGACGAGAUACGAAAAGGGUGAUCGGGUGACGGAGCAAGAGAGACGUGUGAGCAGAUAUUUUCUUUCUCUCAUAUAAACCAGUUACGUUUCGUAUAUCUAAGACACAGUGCAAGCUUAUUACUAAAGG